UCUCUCUCUCUCUCUCUCUCUCUCUCUGUGUAAUCAAGCUCCAUCGUCUUAUUCCCGCCCGCAAUAACCAGCCCAGGAUUCCUUAUGAUUCUGGUGAGGAAAACGGAAGGAUACCGUUGUGAUCUCCAUUUCAGUUUGAGCCCAAAGAGUUCGUAGAGGGAAGAGGGAAAGGGAAAGGGAAAGCAAAAGUGGGAGAUGGGAUGCUCCACAUCAAAGCUGGAUGAUGAAGAGGCAGUUCAGCUUUGUAAAGAUCGCAAGAGAUUCAUCAAACAGGCGGUUGAGGAGAGAAGCCGAUUUGCUUCUGGACACAUAGCCUAUAUCCAGUCCUUAAAAAGAGUUUCGGCUGCUCUUCGUGAUUAUAUCGAUGGAGAUGAGCCUCGUGAGUUCCUAUUAGAUUCAUUCAUCACCCCACCUUUCACACCUGCACAGAAAUCCAGUCCCAGUUUCAUCACGUUUUCAUCUAAGUCCUUACCAUCAACUCCAAUUCAGUCUCAGCCUAAUUCAUGCGUGAACGUAAAUUAUCUGAGAUCUGGUGGGGAGCCAGCUGUGUUGGUUGAGGAGAGACCUCAGUCACCAGAGACUGUCCGAGUUGAAACUUACUCACCAAUGCACCAUUUUGGCGUUGAUGGCUUUUUUGAGAUGCAAUCCUCACAGUUAAGUUCUUCAUUCUUUUCUUAUUCCCCGAUCAACAGACCCAAUAUUCCUCCACCUUCGCCCCAAGCAUCCCAAUGGGAUUUCUUCUGGAAUCCAUUUUCAUCAGUUGACUACUAUGGCUACCCUACACGUAGUAGUUUCGGUCAUUCAGUCAUGGAUGAUGACAUUAGAGGUCUAAGGCAUGUCCGAGAAGAAGAAGGGAUUCCGGAAUUAGAAGAGGAAACCGAACAAGAAAAAUCUGAUGACAAGGUAAAUCUGACAGAAGAAAGAGCUAAAAUUGAUCUAAACUGCACCAGAGAAGGAAUCGUUGAAGAUAUCGAUGAAGAGAAGAAUGGGGUGGAAGAAACGGAUAGCGGAACUGAAACUGAGCAUCAGAUGACAGGCUUACGAUCGCACCAUGCAAGCAUAGAAAUACCAAAAGGUCAAACCUUCGAAAAAGUUGAAACUUAUAAUCAAGAAAUGGCAGUAGGUGAUCAAGAAGCCAAGGAAGAAACACCAGGUUUUACUGUUUAUGUUAAUCGCAGGCCAACGAGCAUGGCAGAAGUGGUCAAGGAUCUUGAGUCUCAAUUCAUGAUUGUUUGCAAUUCAGCCAAUGACGUUUCAGCGUUAUUAGAAGCUAGCAGACCUCAGUAUGCAUCAACCACCAGUGAACUCACACCCACGAAAAUGUUGAACCCAGUAGCUUUAUUCCGCUCAGCUUCAUCUUGCAAGACCUCAUCAACUUUUUUAAUUAAUCCUUCAAGCUCGAGAGAUGAAGGUUAUGAAAGCGGUAGUGACUAUUUGGAGGAACCAUGCAUGUAUUCAGGUAGUCACCAGUCGACAUUGGAAAGGUUAUACGCUUGGGAGAAGAAACUCUAUGAGGAAGUCAGGUCUGGCGAAAAGGUUCGAAUUGCCUAUGAGAAAAAAUGUAUGCAACUCAGGAACCAAGAGAAAAAAGAAGAGGACCCCAUUUCAGUUGAUAAAACAAGGGCAGCCAUUAGAGAUCUGCAUACCCAGAUGAAAGUUUCAAUACACUCAGUUGAAGCUAUUUCAAAGAGGAUCGAAACUCUCAGGGAUGAAGAAUUGCAGCCUCAACUUCUUGAAUUAGUACGAGGGUUGGAAAGGAUGUGGAAGGAAAUGGCAGGGUGUCAUCAGUCACAGAAGCGGACAUCAGACGAAGCCAAGCUUUUACUAGCUGGAAUGCCUUCAAAAAUAGAUGUAAGAAAACCCUCUUCCAUGUCAAUAACUGAGCCGCACAGGUUAGCAACUUCAGCUGCCAAUCUUCAAACAGAACUCAGGAAUUGGCAAGUCUGUUUCGGGUCAUGGAUCACUUCUCAACGAUCCUAUGCGCGUGUACUAACGGGCUGGCUACUCCGGUGUGUCCAGUCCGGUCCCGACACUUCAAAAGUACCUUUUUCUCCUCGCCGUUCUAGUGGAACCCUACCAAUAUUUGGACUCUGCAUCCAAUGGUCAAAGGUUCUUGAUGCCAUCAGAGAAACGCCAGUGCUUGAUGGACUAGACUUUUUUGCAGCUGGGAUGGGCUCUAUCUAUGCUCAACAGCUAAGAGAGGAUUCUCCCCAUGCACCAGUUGGAUCAAAGAGAUAUGGAGGUGGGUCAUCCGAAGAAUUCGACGGAAAUUAUAUGAAAAUGGUGGAGGCUGGCCAGGUAGAAGAAGAGGUAAAGACUGCAGAGAAAAUGGCUGAAGUUGCAAUAAGGGUGCUUUGUGCUGGAAUGUCAGUUGCCAUGAGCUCAUUGACAGAAUUUGCAUCUAGUUCUGCUGAAGGAUACGCUGUUCUUGUUAAGCAAUGGGAGAGGACAGAAUGACUGCACAGUUCAAGUGGUGAUAAAAUGCAACAUGGUAUUCUGUUGCGUACUUUAGCAAUUAAUGGGCAUCAUUGUAAUGACAAAUAUAACAACCUGUUAACUCAGUAAGGUAGAAUAGGGUAAUUUGGAUUCCAUCUCCAAAUUAUUUCUCCAUUUAAUUGUCAGAUGAACAAGGAUAAUAGAAGUGGAAAUAGAUUAACCUGGAACCCGUGAACUAGUUGGGACUAGGAAGUUUGUAACAUGUAUAUUCUAAAAAAAUUUCAACUAUUUUCCAUCAUUUUUUUGUUCUAGGUUAUCAAUCAGAUGGUAUGAUUGAUAAACAUCAGAUGGGGACUAGGAAGUUUGUAACAUGUAUAUUCUAAAAAAUUUCAAUUAUUUUCCAUCAUUUUUUUGUUCUAGGUUAU